AAUCAACUGUCAAUCGUGACUUUUCCAAACUCGCGCUUGGAUAUUGUAAACGGUCGUUGUUCAAAAUAUUUUCAAUUUCGUUUGAAUAUAUUGUAUCGCGUCGCAUUUUGCCGGUUUGCGUUAAAUUAAGCAGUUUCUAAAAUUGCCUCACAAUGACGUCGAACCGAAAGAAAAAGGGUAACGUGGAGCCUAUGGAAGUUGAUGAAGUGGAUGAAAACACGAAUGUGGUUACAAACGGUGGGACUGAUGCACCUGAUCAAGAGUUCCUUAUAGACGGUGAUGUAGACCGUGUUUCUGAAGACGAAGAAGGUGGGAUCCGCAUGGGCGGAGUGUAUAUACCGCCAGCGCCGAAGCCGGCGUGUACGUUUGACGCCACAGGGCCUAGACUGAUAAUAACGCAUAUUGUUAAUGAAAACUUUAAGAGCUAUGCUGGUGUGCAGACCCUUGGACCCUUUCAUAAGAGCUUCACCGCAAUCAUAGGCCCCAAUGGCAGUGGAAAAAGCAAUGUGAUAGACUCUAUGUUGUUUGUAUUUGGCUACCGAGCCACCAAGAUCCGGUCCAAGAAGAUCUCUGUGCUGCUCCACAAGUCCAGCAAGCAUCCGAACAUCACCAGCGCCAGUGUUGCUGUUCAUUUCUGCCAGAUCAUUGAUGGGGAAGGCGAGGAGUUCACCGUGGUCCCGAACAGCGAGAUAGUGGUGUCGCGCACGGCGUUCUCCAACAAUUCGUCGUACUACACGCUGAAUGGUAGGAAGGUGCAGUUCAAGGAGGUGGGCAAGAUGCUCAACUCGCACGGCAUCGACCUCGACCACAACCGGUUCCUUAUUCUACAGGGAGAGGUGGAACAAAUUGCGAUGAUGAAACCUAAAGCUCAAACUGAGCAUGAAUCCGGAAUGUUGGAGUAUUUGGAGGACAUCAUCGGGACUUCCAGAUAUAAGGUGCCUCUAGAUCAGCUGCUCGUAAAAGUGGAAGAGUUCAGUGAGCUUCGCAAAGAGAAACUGAACCGAGUGCGUCUUGUCGAAGCGGAGAAAGCUCAGUUGGAAGCACCGAUGAGGGAGGCCGUGGAACAGAUGAACCUCACCAACGUCGUUGUGAGGACAAGGAAUACUUUGCUGCAGAAAUACAUUCACGAGACGAAUAAGCUGAUCGAGGGAAAGACGCAGUUGCUGAAUGAAUUGCUUGCAGCGUUGGCGGAGAUAGAAGGAAAAGUGAACACAGCUCAGGAAAACCUCAAUGAAAAAACUGCGGUAUUGAACAAUGGGACUAAGAAAUACGACGAUUUAUCAAAGAAGAAGGAGGAGUUUAGUCAGAAGCUAUCAGUGUGUAAGAAGAAAACAGUCACCACGCAGGCGGACAUCACACAAGGGAACAAAAAGAAGAAAAACCUCGAAACACUCGUCGAGCAGGAGAAGGGGAAGCUGAUUGAGUUGGAAUUGGUGCCUGAAAAGAAUGCCAAGGAAAUAGAAGAUUGCGAGAGUCUGCUGACCAGACAUCGGGAAAAUAAGGUGAAAGCCGAAGAGGAGCUACAGACGGUCAUGGCCAGUGUCAGAUCAAAAACGCAAGGCCUCCAAGAAACAAAAGACAAGCUGCAAGCGAAGAUGAUCGAGCUAAAGCGGAUCGUCGACGAAGCGAACACGGUCUUCAAACUGAGGGAGUCCGAGCUGAAGAUAUAUCUCAGCACGGAGACGAAAGAGACGGAGAAGUUGGAGAAAAUGAGAGAGAGCUAUGAGAAGGCGGCUAGGGACUUGACUGAGAAGAAAACGUUACAAAAAGAGCUCGCGUCCACGGUACCGACCAAUGAGAAACAACUGACGGAUCUCCAGUCGCAGCUACGAAACAUGAAGCAGGAGGAAACCACUGUGCUAACAGAAGCUAGAACCUUGAGAGCUCAGCUAGAAGAAUCUCGAGCAGCAUUGAACGCUAAUCGCUCACGCGGCAGAGUGCUGGACUCGCUCAUGAAUGAGAAGAAAAAGGGAAAAAUGCCCGGCAUCUUCGGAAGACUGGGUGACUUAGGAGGCAUCGACCUGAAAUAUGACGUAGCCAUAUCCACAUGCUGCGGUCCUUUAGACAAUAUCGUUGUGGACACGGUGAAGACCGCUCAGGCCGCGCUCGACCAUUUACGUCGACACGACAUCGGCCGCGCCACCUGUAUUACGUUGGAGAAAAUACAACACCUCGACUAUCAGACUAAAAAAACAUUCCCAGAAAACGUGCCGCGUCUUUUCGACCUGAUCACAGUACGCGACGAACGCAUGCUACCAGCCUUCUACUUCGCUCUCCGUGACACACUCGUCGCGGACAAUCUCGACCAGGCGCGUCGUAUCGCCUACGGCCGACCACGACACCGGGUCGUCACGCUGGCCGGAGAGGUUAUCGAAAUAUCCGGUACGAUGUCGGGCGGCGGGCGCACCAUGUCGCGCGGCCGCAUGGGCAGCGCGGUGCAGCAGGACACGCGCGAGCAGGACCCCCGGCUGCUGAAGGCUAAUGAGGACCGGCUGGCUGCGCUUGAAGAGAGACUGUCAGCGUUGCGAGGCGAGCACAGUGUGAUGGAGGAGAACGUGGUAUCGCUGCAGCGAAGCACUCGCGAAGGAAAGUCCACACUCAACAAGCUCAACUUCGAAUUACAGAGUCUUGCCGAGCAAGUGCCGCUCUUACAGAACCAAGUGCGACAACAAGAGACCAAAGCGGCCUCAUCCCGAGUAGACGAGGCUCAAAAGGCACAGCUAGAAGCUGCUGUUGAAGAAGCCAAGGAGAAACUCGACAUGGCCAAACGGGAUGCUGGCGAGGUGGAGAAGGAAGUGCACGGUGUGGACGCCCAAAUCGCAGCUGUGGCCGGUGGAAAAGUCAAAGAGCUGCAGAAGAGCGUCGACGACCUCUCCAAGAAGAUCGACAAGGUGUCCAGCGAGAUCACCAAGCUGAGAGUCGCUAUUAACACUAGCAAAAGAAACGCCAAAAAGUCCAAAGACAAGAUAUCACAAAUGGAGGCUGACCUCGCAGAAAACGACAGGAAACUGGAGACGUGGAACAACGAAAAGAAACAGCUGACCCUCGACAGCGCCGAGCUGCAGAAGUUCAUUGAGGAGCUCGACGAGCAAAUCUCAGACGGCACGGGCGAGUUCGCGGAGCUGAAGAAAGAGAUAGCAGCACUGCAAGCCAAGAUGAACAAGUACAAAACGGAGCAAAUUGAAGCCAAGAACAACGUCACCAAGAUGGAGAAGAGCAUCGUCGACUUUAGGGCCAAGAUGCCGCAGAUGCAGCGAGACCUACGAAACCUGAAGCUAGAAGACCCAGGUAUCGAAGGAGUGCCCGGCAUCGAGCCCCCCGACCCUCUCGUCACACACACUGCCGAGGAACUGGAAGAAAUGGCGGUAGACGAACUUAGGGAGCGGCUCACAGCUCAGCAGGGCCGGCUGGGCGACGCUAAACCUAAUCUCCAGGCCAUACAGGAUUUCAAAGCGAAAGAGGAAUUGUACUUGAAGCGCGCGGCCGAGCUGGACCAGAUCACCACGCAGCGCAACGAAGUGCGCAACGGGUACGACCAGCUCAAGAAGAGACGCACGAACGACUUCUUAGCAGGUUUCAACACGAUAACCGCAAAGCUGAAAGAGAUGUACCAGAUGAUCACUCUCGGCGGAGACGCGGAGUUGGAGCUCGUGGACACCCUGGAUCCCUUCACCGAGGGAAUUACCUUUAGCGUCCGUCCCCCGAACAAGUCGUGGAAGAACAUCUCCAACCUGUCGGGCGGCGAGAAGACGCUGUCGUCGCUGGCGCUGGUGUUCGCGCUGCACUACUACAAGCCCACGCCGCUCUACGUCAUGGACGAGAUCGACGCCGCGCUCGACUUCAAGAACGUCUCCAUCGUCGCCAACUACAUCAAGGAGCGGACCAAAAACGCGCAGUUCAUCAUCAUCUCGCUGCGCUACAAUAUGUUCGAGGUGUCCAACCGGCUGGUCGGCAUCUACAAGACGGAGGACUGCACCAAGUCGCUCACCAUAGAGAACAAGCUGCCCGAGAAGCCGCAGGAGGAUAUUGCCGUUUCGUAAGAUACACACGGAACUGAUAAAGCGGUUACAUCCACAGAUCGUUUGGAACCUAACCAAAUUAUCUUGGGAUUCGGUAUAUCUAAUGUUUUUUUAUCUCUUUAAACGCCAAGGCCCUGCAGUGAAUCAAAGGCCGGUUGACAGCUGACUGAUUCUCAUUUAUUAUUUAGUUCUACAUACAACUUCAUAGGUGGCCAGUAAUAAUAUAGAUUCCUUAUAUAACCUACUUACAUAUACUACAUAUCUCCCUCUUAAACUUCAAGUUACGGCAAAGCCACAAGCGCUACAUUGUUAAGAAAUACAAUUCAAUAAAUAAGCUAACAAAGGCAUCACAAAACAGUUUAACACAAAUAAACCAAAAUGAGUAACCUCUUCGACGCCGUGUCAAACACAAAAGUUGUGUCAACUGAAAUUGAACUUUAUGCAUAUGCACGUAAGCCUAUGUUGCUCUGUGACGGAUUAAUCCGUCUUCGGCGUUGGACCUACGGUUCGUAUAUAUCCGUCAUAAAGAUUAACGGCGUCGUACCCGUGACGCCAAGAACGUUAUGACAGAGAUAUUGGUGCGUGCAUGACGUUCAUGGGUUGGCCACUAGAUGGCGUUAAAUAGGUUUACGAUUGCAACGCCAUUACCCUUAUGGCUCCUCUACACGAUGGCCCAGCGUAGGCCAAUCCAAUAGACGCAUUUAUGUGUUAAAGGGAGCAAGUGGUAUUGCUAUCUCAUUCCACUGCAUAGCUGCGUCCCUUAGACUGGCGUACGAUGGGCCAUCGUGUAGAGGAGCCCUCAAAGUUUGCGAAAUUAACUAAAGAUGUCUCCUCUAUUCCGUUCAUUAGUUUCAAAUGUCGAUAUGUUUGGAGAGCAUACGAUAAAAUGUGACAUUAUCUAUGAAAAGGGACCUUAUUGUCAAUGGCGCUUACGCGGCACUGCGUCGCGCAGCGUUGUAUUAAUAUCGGAGCAUCGUUUAUAACGGCGGAAGCGCCAUCGACAAUAAGUUCCCUUUAGAUAACGUCACAAAUGUGUUUUUGAAAGAUUAUUAACUAUUUUGUUCAUGAAGCGACCUUAACUCGUCUAUGAUAUCGAUUCUUGAUUCACGGUCACAUAUUUUUGAAUGACUUUCGAUUUAUAACAAAAUUUAUGAGUUUAAAAUGAAAUAUAGUAGGAAAAGGCCAUAGGCAAAGAGAAUUUGAAAUAGAGGUGGAUUGUUAAAGUAAACUCUGUAGCCACAGUAAAAUUACUGCCAUCUUUCGACACAUGAUUUUAUUAAUUUUAACACAUAUCAGUGGAAGAAUAAGGACCAAAGUCAAAUGGCGUUCUAAAUUUAAUCAUGUGUCGAAGGAUGGCAGUUAAUUUACUGUGGCUACAAAGUUUACUUUAACAAUCCACCUCUAUUUAAAAUUCUCUUUGCCAUACUUAGGUUAGGUUUUGUAUUUUGCCUUACUGACAUACAUACUUACCUUUAUCUGAUCUUUACUGUAAGAUAUUAAUGUUAUUGAUUGUAAGUGUUUUUAUAAUAAAAUGAUAAGGCAUUAUAA